GGCGCGGUGUUGGGAGUCACAGUUGGAGAUCCCCCAUCGACACGAGUGAACAACGGUUGUGUCGUGGUGCCUGGCUAUACUCCCACGUUGAGAGAGAGAGAGAAACAAAUCAAAGCACAAUUGACGACGAAGGACCAACAGUGAAAACAAAAAGAAUAAUAGACAUACCAUAAAGAACUACGUUUGAGAACAGGGAUAUAUUUUAACUCGUCACCGAUGGUUAAGAACAUGGACACAGAGCAACAGCAAGAAGACAAGGGAGGUGGGCGUGUGUUGUUCGGUGUGGCUGGUGUGGUGUUGGCAGCGUCCUUCUUGUUCAUGCGUGGCCCAGCACAAGAGGCUCCAGCUGCCCCGCCCUCCCCCGCACCCCUCGACUACGACCCGUGUUGUGCGUACCCGUGCCUCAACCUGGGCGUGUGUCUCUCCUUCCCCUCCAACAACUACACCUGCGACUGUACCGGCACCGAUCACUACGGAGAACACUGCGAGAUACCGACGUGGAGAGGUUGGCUGAAGAAGACGUUGAAGCCCGACCCGGAGACCAUCCAUAACCUCAUCACUUCCAACAGUCUCCUGUGGGCCGUCCUCAACAGGAUCUCCUUCAUCCACAAGCGCCUCAUGACCUACGUCUACACAUCUCGAGGAGACUUGGUAGACUCGCCCCCGACCUACGAGAGCGACCACACCUACAUCACCCUCAACGCCUACUUCAACACCAGCUACUAUGGCCGAGCCCUCCCUCCUGUCCCCGAGCACUGCCCCACUCCAUUUGGCGUCAAGGGACACAAGGAUUACCCUGACGUGGACAUGUUGAUCAAGAAGGUGUUCCUGAGGAGUAAGUUCCUGCCUGAGCCACAUAACUCUAACCUCCUGUUCCAGUACUAUGCUCAGCACUUCACCCACCAGUUCUUCAGGACAGACUACAAGAAGGGCCCUCACAUCACCAAGGGAACUGAUGGUGUGGACGUGUCCAACAUCUACGGUCUGACGGAACAGGACCGCCAAGCUCUCAGGUCCGGCGUCAAUGGCAAACUGCGCACUCAGUUGAUCAACGGUGAGGAGUUCCCGCCCUACCUGAAGGACGUGCCAGCGAUCACCAUGGACUACCCACCCCAUAUUCCCAUCCCUGAACACUCCAAGUUUGCCCUCGGUCAUCCCUUCUUCGCUCUCCUCCCAGGACUCUUCGCUUAUGCCACCAUCUGGGUCCGUGAACACAACCGCGUCUGUGACGAGCUGCAGAAGAUUCACACUGACUGGGACGAUGAGCGCCUCUACCAGACUGCUCGCCUCAUUAUAACCGGCGAGGUUAUCAAGAUCACUAUUGAGGACUACGUUCAGCACCUGAGUCAAUACAAGCUUAGACUAACCUUCGAGCCUGAGCUGACCCACGGCACCAACUUCCAGUACCACAACCGCAUCCACGCCGAGUUCAAUCACCUGUACCACUGGCACCCCCUCAUCCCUGACACUGUGAAGGUGAACGACACAGAAUACGCCAUCAUGGACAUGGCCUUCUCGACGGCUCCGGUGUUCAAGCACGGCCUCGACAACUUCAUCCACGCUAUGGCCACCAACAGGGCAGGAGCGCUGACCACAAGGAACCACGCCCACACCCUCUACCCAGUACUGAAGAAGGUGAUAGAGAAUGGUCGACAGCUGAGGUUCCAGGGCAUCAAUGCCUAUAGGAAGAGGUUCGAGAUGAGGCCCUUCACCAGCUUCCAGGACUUAACCGGUGACACCGAACUGGCGGCCAUACUGGAGGAAUUUUACGGGGACAUCGAUGCUGUGGAGUAUUAUGUCGGUCUACUUGCUGAACGCCCCGGCCCCUCAGUGACACCCCUGAGCAUGGUGAACAUGGGAGGACCCUGGAGUGUGAAGGGGCUCAUGGCCAACCCCAUCUGCAGCCCCAGGUACUGGAAACCCUCCACCUUUGGCGGGGAGGAAGGCUUCAACAUUAUCAAGACCGCCUCCCUAGAGAGACUCUUCUGCCUCAACAUGAAUUCCGGCUGCAAGAACAUCGCCUUCUCAGUUCCUGCCGGCACACCUUAGGAUCUUUAUCAAUUUAGGAUUUAACAAAUUAUGUAUGAAAGAUAUAUUAGUCAUUCCAGAGCGCCCACUCAGAAACUGUUGACAGUUCCUUUAUAUGUGUGUGUAAGGUGUAUAGUUGAGGCAGACAGACGUGAAUCUCACUAGAAGUUGACACUCAAGAUGUUAACAAUGAUAUGUAGGUUAAUGCCAUUGUGUUGACAAUAGUUACUGAAGUUAACUAUUUUGCACCAAAACAAAGGUAUUAUGAAUGAGGUAGUACUGUGUUGCAUACAAACUAUUGUACAAACUCAUAUCUUCCUCACACCCUGCAUGGUGAAACCCUAUUGUAUUCACAUUGUCUUGGGUCAAACUCAUCUGUUAAGUUAUUAGCUCUUGUGUGAAAGUGUUAAGCCUAGAGAAAGUCUACUUGCUUAUUAUUUAUAGAUUGAUACUAGUCAAGGCCAAAUGUGUGGAGAAUGAAAGUUACUUAUAAUUAUUUAAUUAUCAUCGCUGCAGCAUCAAAAUACAUUUCAAUUCAUAUAUCACUUAAUAGGAUCAAAAUAUUAUCUUUUAGUAUCACGUUAACAAUAUGUGAGAUUAGAUUCCUCAAAAUCUCAUUACUUAGACUCGUGUUGGAGUCUUUCAGGGAGGGAAGCUGUGGCUGACUCGGCUUCCUAAGUACUACCUGUUAAGUCCCGUUCAUGUUUGUUUACGUGUCAAGAGUUAUGUAUUUUUGUACAUUUUGUAAAUAAAAUGCCACUGUAUAAUAAUUUGAUCUCAUGUUACAAAAUGAAAAAAAUAAAUAAAUAAUUUACACAAUA